AUGGUGCGAAAUUAUGUUCGCAAAACAGACAGAGGGACAUAUCCAAAAGAAAAAUUGCUAGAAGCCGUAGAAAGAGUCAAGAACGGAGAUUUAUCAGCUUAUAGAGCCUCUAUAGAAUAUGGGAUUCCACGAGCUACAAUAGUAGCAAGAGUGUACGACCGAUAUGGUCUAAAAUCAAAUUCUUUGGGGAGAGGUACAUUUCUCCCUGAAGCGAUAGAAGAAAAAUUGGCAAAACACUUACACGUAAUGGAGAAAUAUGGGUUUGGCCUCACAAGAGUUGAAAUCAUGGAACUGGUCGGACACUACAUCGCCAAGAAUCAAAUCGAUAAUCCUUUUUAA